GGGAGCCGGAAGCUGCGCCGGGUUUGCGUCUCCCGCCCGCCCGGCCUUCGGUCUUGAAUCCGGUCGUCCGCCCGCCCGUCCUCGCCUCGCUUCCGCCAUGGCCCUCAGCGAUGCUGACGUGCAGAAGCAGAUUAAGCACAUGAUGGCUUUUAUUGAACAAGAAGCCAAUGAGAAAGCAGAAGAAAUCGAUGCAAAGGCCGAAGAAGAAUUCAACAUUGAGAAAGGGCGUCUCGUGCAGACCCAGAGACUGAAGAUUAUGGAGUACUAUGAGAAGAAAGAAAAGCAGAUCGAGCAGCAAAAGAAAAUUCAGAUGUCCAAUUUGAUGAAUCAAGCAAGGCUGAAGGUCCUCCGAGCUAGAGACGACCUCAUCACUGAUCUGCUGAAUGAGGCAAAACAGAGACUCAGCAAGGUGGUGAAGGAUACAAACAGAUACCAAGUGCUGCUGGAUGGGCUGGUCUUACAGGGCCUGUACCAGCUGUUGGAGCCCCGGAUGUUUGUGCGCUGCAGGAAGCAAGACUUCCCUCUGGUCAAGGCUGCAGUGCAGAAAGCAAUUCCGAUGUAUAAGAUUGCCACCAAAAAAGACGCUGAUGUCCAGAUUGAUCAGGAGGCCUACCUGCCUGAGGACAUAGCUGGUGGAGUUGAGAUCUACAGUGGGGACCGCAAGAUAAAGGUGUCCAACACCCUGGAAAGCCGGCUGGACCUCAUAGCCCAGCAGAUGAUGCCAGAAGUGCGGGGAGCCUUGUUUGGUGCCAAUGCCAACAGGAAGUUUUUGGACUAAGCCUCUGGGAGGUGCAAGCCGCUCACAGCUCCACUUCUCCUCAGUAGCUUCCAGUCCCCUUCUGUAGAACAGCGGCAGGAGGCUGACCGGGCGGGGCCUCCACUCCCAGCUCCUCUCCCGUAUCCUAGCUCUCCGUGGCUUCGCAGCAGGGAGGUGGAAUCCGAGGGUGCCCCGUGGACGUCCCUUGAGUCCCCUGCUGUCCUGCUGUUCCUGUGUCUCCUGUAGGCAUGACCCGCAUGUCCCACUCCACCCCCUGCUCUGGUGUAACAUGCAUGCAGAAUGCACAUCACCCAGCAGUUCUAGAAGCUUCACUUUUCCUCAUCUGUAAGUGUGACUUAAAACCUACGCCACCCAAAUUCUUUAUUUAUUAAAACAAAAACUUUAUGUGUA